CUGAGAAGUCGUGUUUUAUGACGUUCUUUGUUUGUUUAUUUUUUUUAUUUAUGUUUUAUGCAAUUAUGCUUUUAUCCAGGCAAAUUGAUGAGUCGCAAAUGGCAGUUUUUUUGUUUUAAAGUGUUCCAACAAUUUUAAAUAGGAGGUAAAUAUCGAUUAAUAAUUUGUUCUCAGUACAAAAUACUAAACUAAAAACAUGCUGCGAAAAAAGAUUUCUGAAAAUUCGUCAAAGAAAAAUAAAAAACUGAAGACAGAUAACACACAAAAUGAUCAGCUUAAUUUAUAUGAAGAUAACACUCUCUCCACUAAUGUAUCAAAAUAUUUUCCUAAUGUGCAAGUAAAUCAAAUUAUGAUGACAAUUGAAAAUAAAAUAUUACAACUGCAAAUCAAAUUGAACGAGGAUUUAAGAGCUUUAGACCUGAUUAAACCACCAAUUUCGUUCAUUUAUAAUCCUCUCGAAUAUGCAUUUGGACCAAAUGAAGUGUAUAUAAAAAAGUACUGUACAACCCCCAAAAAAAUACUGUUUGUUGGUAUGAAUCCAGGCGCUUUUGGAAUGUGUCAAACGGGCGUUCCUUUUGGCGAUCCAAAAUGGGUUCGUGAGUGGUUAAAAGUCGAAGGAGAAGUGAAGAAACCUCAGAUAGAAUGCCCCGAUAGAAAAAUACUAGGGUUCUCGUCCCAAAGAAAAGAACAAAGUGGGCAUAGAUUCUGGGGCUUGUUUUGUAAACUUUGUGGUACUCCAGAGAACUUUUUUAAACACUCUUUCGUAAGCAACUUCUGUCCUUUAACUUUUUUGGAAAGUAAUGGACGUAAUAUAACUCCAGGAGAAAUUAAAAAUAUUCAGGAUCGUAAGGAUUUAGAAUCAGUUUGUGAGUCAUCGUACUUAAACUUGGUCCGUCUGUUGAAUCCUGAAUUCAUUAUACCCCUAGGCGAAUAUAUGGAAAGGAGGACAAAACAAUUGUGUAAAAACAGUGACGUCAACGUGCAGGUUAUUCGUAUGCCCCACCCUAGCCCGAGGGCCGUUAAAAAUCAAAAUUGGCAAGAAAAGGCUGAAAAUUUUCUCCGAGAUCAUAAUCUUAUCCAAUAUUUUCAAAACGAUCAAUAACAUGUCAAAUAACCCU